AUGAGUGAACAUCAACAACAGCUACAGCAGCAGAAGGCAGAGACAGCUGAUGUAGCCUCAGUGACAUCUCAACAACAACAAGUUGUGGAUGGACUUGAUUGUGAAUGCGAUGAUUUGGGCAUCAUAGAGAAUAUAGCACCGCUAGAGUUGGAGACGUUGGAGUUUAUCGAACUGUCAUCACCAACGAAUAUAUAUAGUUGUACUCAUUUGAAUCAAGUUGCUGCGCCAUCAUAUGCGGCGGCAGUGAACAAUAGUUGUUUAACGAAUGGUCAGAGUGGAACAUUGUUCGUGGCAUCGCGCAAUAACAUCAUGUCGAUCACACCAAUUGAGGACAGGCGGCUAGGACUACAAUGGUUGACCAAUGAUAUCAUCACUCCACAACUUCUAUCAUCACCGCAGACGCCCAACCUCUCGCCCUCGACCUCGCCAUCAUCGACGGCCACAUCAUCAAAUAUUAACAAGUCCAAUCAGAACAGUAGCGGUGGCGUCGCGACACAACAGCCCGCAUCAGCAGCACAGAACCCACCAAUGAAUGUGAUGAAGUCACAUAUGCAACGACUUCCCCUGUCUCUCAAGUCACGCAUCCCUCCAAUGCAAAUGAAGCAACCUACACCUGGUAACAUGAUUGGCUCGGCAAUGCCCAGUGGUGCACCCACCAGUCAGCAACAGACAUCGCCUCACAUUGCCAAUCAAUCACCUGUCAGCAGCGGGAGCACUGCAUCCACUCCCGGAUCAAGCAAGUCACAACAACAUCUCUCGAAUCAGCCGCCAGAGGACAUCAUCGUGUCGAUCGACUCUGUCCUACGCAAUGGCAAGGCUACCAUUGCAAUGACUGUUAUACACGCGGCGCAACAGGGAUCCAGUCGUGGUCGACUGUCAUUCCAUCCCUGCAAACCUGGCCAACCCUCGCCACCAUCAUCCACCUCCAAAGCUGCCCAGUCCAUCCCACUAGACUUCACUCCCUUCCACCUCACACAUCCACCCUACCACCCCGACAGUACCGCCAAUGGUGCCUUCCUCCUGUCUGGCAGUGAUGAACGAAUACAUAUUUAUCAGCCAAAUGAACAACAUGAGUAUGUUGAAGGGGACAUUGGAGAACACUUCCCAGAGUUGGUCAACAUCCAAUCAUACGUCAUGCGCAUUGACAUUAGAUACCAUGGCAACAAUAGAUAUGUGGCAGUAGGUUGCCAGAAUGGACUUCUCCAGAUCACCAUCACAGAUUUGGAAACAAAACAACAGAGAACUGACUCUUGCUACUUUGAUGGGCCAGUUCAGACAUUGUCAUUGUAUACGGAUAGAGGCACUAUGGAAUCUGUGGCGAACACACCUGCCUUGGGCAAGAUGAGGUCAAUACCAUCAACCCUCCUGGGCAACUUGGCCGUGCAUUUGGCCUCGACGAACGACACAACACAACCACCACCUCAGUCUUCGGCACCCGUACAUCUGGUCGCUGGCAGCAUCAUCGGAUACGUGAUGGUCUUUAGGAACAUAGGCGAGAGCAUGCUAAAGGAGUUUGAGAUACUCGAUCAAUCAGACUCAUUUAAUGGCGUGACCUGUGUUGAUGUGUUUGACAUUGAUGGCGACGGAGUCAAUGAGCUGCUGGUAGGAACGUACGCCACAGAGCUACUAGUGUAUAAACUGCGCAACACCAUCAUACCAAGCCACAGCAACAACUUUAAUGAACAGUUGUCAGGGCUUGGGCAUGGUAUGGUUCACAACCAACAGAUCUAUACUCUGACGAAUCACAAGCACUUCUCACAUCCAAUCCAAGGCAUACUCAAUUGCAAGCUGUUAAACGAUGGCAUGCACCAGAGUGUUGUGAUCACAAUGUUUGGUCCCAAUCACCAAGUACGAACAAGAGAUUAA